UCGGCAGUCUAUUUGUAUAGAUUUUCGAGAGCAAUUCUAGCCAAAUCUUUUUAGCAUAUAUUCGUUGAUGUGAUGGCGUUUCCGGCUUCUGCCGUCAAGCCGGUGGUGAUCAUCGAUUUGACCGGACCGGAAGAGAGUGAGGAUGAGAAAGAGAAGGACGAGUCCCAGGACGAGCCAUACUUGUGCCCCAUCUGCGUGGACAGACCCGAAGACCCAGUGAGCACCCACUGUGGCCAUGUCUUCUGCAACGAAUGCAUGAAGAGCGCUCUGCGCCACUCUGCCAGCUGCCCACUUUGCAAGGCUCAAGUGCUGAGCACUAUCCGCCUAUACGUUUAAUUUGAAGCAUUUCCAUCGAUCUUUACUUUGCUUCUUGGCACUAGCAGUUUACUUUGUACAACAGCCUUCUCUUCAAUAAACCAUUUCUGCAGCUUGAUGCUGUAUGGCGAUUAAACAAG